CUUUUUGACUGGUCUCACCUUUUGUUGAGUUAAUAUGUUGUUGAGCUUUACGGACAGGUUGAUGAGUUUCCAUUGCAGAAUAUCAGAGUUUAUGCGGUCCAGUCCAUAUUUUCCGGCACCUCUCGCAUAAUGAUAUUUCUUCCACUUAAGACUUCUCCCUUCGGAAUAUCACUGAUGAGAUUGCGCUCAGAGUACGGUACAUCAGGCAGUAUUCGUACAUGCACAUUGGAUUUCGAUAAUCGACUAACCAGUUGGUUUCCCUACAAUAUUUGGGAUGUUUUGCUUCUUAGACGGUGGCACCCGAUCCUUUACAAUUGACGGGGACCUAAUUGCCUACAAAGUUUUUGUGGACCACCGUCGCGUCCAGAGAUCCUGCGCUGGAAGACCCAAGAUUGAUGAGGGAGUCCAGUACCGUUGAUAUUGUGAUGGUGCUGAGCUUCAGCAUAUCCUGACUAGUUUUGAUGCAUGUUCCGUUGAUAUCAACGUUGUCCAGGUCCGUCUUUUUUCACUUCUCAUCUAUGUUUGUUUAUCCGUUUUCGGAUUGCUUUUGCUGUUUUUUCCCGCAGAUCCGUCAAGUUAGUGACGAUCUCGCUCAGCAACUCGUCAGUAUUCAUGUUGCACAUGCACAUGGUAAACUGAGGCAAAACCAAAGUCAACUAUGAACUUGGGUAACACUGAAAAAGAAAAUUAUUCUACCAAAACUUAGUCUCAAGAAAGGUUUCUUGAACCAAAGCUGAUACUUUUGUUGAGUAAGGUUGCAUCAAAAGUUUGGGAAAUGCAAAUCACAUGAAGACUAAGCCCCUCAUUUGUAAAGCGCGCUGAGUUACCCUAGGGUUAAAAGUAGUACCUCGUGAGACCUAUUUGAGAGAAGAUAAGACCCUCAAUGCAGAUUGAAGAAAUGUAAGGUCAUCGGCUUACUGUCAUCAAUGCGGUAAUCUGUAAUUUGCUAUCUUCCAUCAUUUAGACUGUCUGAAGGUCACGCUCGUCAUUCGAGAAUGGCCUUCAACGGCUUUAAAGAAAUUUUCGUUAAGCAAAAGGUAGUAUUUGGUUAGUGAUGUUUGCACCAGAUACAAUACGUUACCAUCUCCAUAAGCACGCUGAGGCUUCACUAAGUUCAGGGAUCGACCUCAGAGAAGCUGUUAAAAAACCAGAUGACGAAGAACUGAAUGAUUGGAUUGCAGUUCAUGUUGUUGAUUUUUAUAACCGCAUCAAUCUCAUUUAUGGGACUAUAUGUGAUCGGUGCACUGAGCAGACAUGCCCCACAAUGUCUGGAGGCAAAAAGUUUGAAUAUCAUUGGCGCGAUAAUAUACAUUAUAAAAAGCCUACUCCACUACCAGCGCCCAAAUAUAUCGAUGAGUUGAUGGACUGGGUUGAUGCACAAAUAAAUGAUCCAUCACUUUUUCCAACUGAUAUAGGUGUUCCUUUCCCAAGGUGUUAUAUUUCAACUGUGAAGAAAAUAUUUGGUAGGCUGUUCAGAGUGUUUGUGCACGUUUAUAUUCAUCACUUUGAUCGUUUGCAUGAGAUAGGAGCAGAGGCUCAUGUCAACACUUGCUACAAGCACUUCUACUAUUUUGUAACUUAUUUCGAUCUUAUCGAUAAAAAGGAACUGGAGCCUCUGAAUGAUUUAACCCAAAGGAUCUGUCACUAA